UCAGGUGAGGCUAGUCCAGGUGCAGGGUGAAGACCUGUGGGGGAGGCCUUCCUCGCCUCACAAGAGGUGUAGGACGCCACCAGACUUCAGUUAGAAAUCUUUGGCUUCCGGGGUUCCAGCCCUCUCCCAGUUGAUUGCUUUUUGUAUUUUGAGAUCUUAUUCAAUGUAGUAGCAGGGCAAAGGUUGCCACUUGAAUAGAUUUAAUUUAGCUGUAUGUCCACCGUAAAUUGGAGAAACUUGGGAGCUAGUUAGAAACAGGAGGUCCUCCUUUGCAGCUACCAUCACCCUGUUCCUGUCAGUUCUGUUGAGAGCACUAUAUUCUUAAGCAUCAGGUUGCUUCUAGAUUUCCCUUCCCCCCACCCACCCAUUUUAAAGUUAAAGGCAAUUGUUCUGUGCUUUCUCACCUGCUUCAGUUAUUUAGGUACCAGGAAUGUUAAGGGUGUAAUUUACCACGUGUUGAAAGUGACGAGGCAGAGGCACUUGGAGACCAUGCAACUGCUUUGUGCAAUAUUAAUCUUUUCUGCAGAAUCUUUACAUAGAUCUGAAAUUUCUUCUAGAUAACUUAAGAUUACCUGUGGAUCAUAAACAAUGGACUCCUUGGACCAUAUGCUGACAGAUCCCCUGGAACUGGGUCCAUGUGGAGAUGGCCAUGGUACACGUAUUAUGGAGGACUGCCUUCUGGGGGGCACCAGGGUUAGUUUGCCCGAGGAUCUUCUAGAGGAUCCUGAAAUAUUCUUUGAUGUAGUCAGCCUGUCAACGUGGCAAGAAGUAUUGAGUGACUCUCAACGUGAACACCUCCAACAGUUUCUGCCUCACUUUCCUGAAGACAUUAUUGAGCAGCAGCAUGAACUCAUCCUAGCCUUGUUCAGUGGAGAGAACUUUCGAUUUGGAAACCCUCUGCACAUUGCUCAGAAGCUUUUCCGAGAUGGACAUUUUAACCCUGAGGUGGUCAAGUACCGGCAGUUGUGCUUCAAGUCACAGUACAAGCGAUAUCUCAACUCUCAGCAGCAGUAUUUCCAUCGGCUGCUGAAGCAGAUCCUUGCUUCCCGGAGCGACCUCCUGGAGAUGGCCCGACGGAGCGGCCCAGCCCUUUCUUUCCGGCAGAAGCGCCCUUCACCAUCUCGCACUCCUGAGGAGCGGGAGUGGCGAACCCAGCAGCGUUACUUGAAGGUCUUGAGGGAAGUGAAGGAGGAGUGUGGUGACACAGCUCUGUCAUCUGAUGAGGAGGCCACGUUGGAUUUACAAGAAAAAUUUUCUUUUGAAGAUCUCAGCUCAUGGCUUCCGAGCUCUCCAGCGCGUUCUCCUAGUCCUGCGGUGCCCCUGAGGGUGGUGCCCACGCUUUCAACCAUGGAUAUGAAAACUGCAGAUAAAAUAGAACUGGGGGACAGUGACCUGAAGAUAAUGUUAAAGAAGCACCAUGAGAAGCGGAAACAUCAACCAGAUCACCCGGACCUUUUGACAGCGGACCUUACUCUUAAUGACAUCAUGACUCGAGUAAAUGCUGGCAGAAAGGGCUCCCUAGCAGCCCUAUAUGACUUGGCUGUCCUUAAAAAAAAGGUUAAGGAAAAAGAAGAAAAGAAGAAGAAGAAAAUAAAAACAAUCAAAUCAGAGUCAGAUGAUCUGGCUGAGCCCCUAAGCAGUACAGAGGGGAUCCCACCUCUCUCACAGGCUCCGUCUCCACUGGCAAUAACAGCUAUCAAAGAGGAGCCUCUUGAAGACCUCAAGCCUUGCCUUGGAAUCAAUGAAAUAUCUUCCAGCUUCUUCUCUCUUCUGUUAGAGAUCUUGCUACUGGAGGGGCAGGCUAGCCUUCCUAUGCUAGAGGAACGAGUUUUAGACUGGCAGUCAUCACCAGCCAGUUCCCUCAACAGCUGGUUCUCUGCAGCCCCCAACUGGGCAGAGUUGGUGUUACCAGCCCUGCAGUAUCUAGCUGGAGAAAGCCGUGCUGUACCUUCUAGUUUCUCUCCCUUUGUUGAAUUCAAAGAGAAAACCCAGCAGUGGAAAUUGCUUGGCCAGUCCCAAGAUAAUGAAAAGGAAUUAGCUGCCCUCUUCCAGCUGUGGCUAGAAACAAAAGACCAAGCCUUCUGUAAGCAAGAAAAUGAAGACAGCUCAGAUGCUACGACACCUGUUCCUCGGGUAAGAACUGACUAUGUUGUGCGCCCCAGCACAGGGGAGGAGAAGCGGGUUUUUCAGGAGCAGGAGCGUUACAGAUACAGCCAACCCCAUAAGGCAUUCACCUUUCGCAUGCAUGGUUUUGAGUCUGUUGUGGGGCCGGUGAAGGGUGUAUUUGACAAGGAGACGUCACUCAACAAGGCCCGGGAGCACUCUCUGCUGCGCUCUGAUCGGCCUGCCUAUGUCACCAUUCUGUCUCUGGUUCGAGAUGCUGCUGCUCGGCUGCCUAAUGGUGAAGGUACUCGAGCAGAGAUCUGUGAACUACUCAAAGACUCCCAGUUUCUAGCACCGGAUGUCACCAGCACUCAGGUGAACACAGUAGUGAGUGGUGCACUGGAUCGACUACAUUAUGAAAAGGACCCAUGUGUGAAAUACGACAUUGGCCGAAAGCUGUGGAUCUAUUUGCAUCGUGACCGGAGCGAGGAAGAGUUUGAACGGAUACACCAAGCGCAAGCAGCUGCAGCUAAGGCCAGAAAAGCCCUUCAGCAAAAGCCCAAACCCCCAUCCAAAGUGAAGUCCAGUAGCAAAGAGAAUUCCAUGAAGGUCCUCAGCAGUGGCCCGUCUGAGCAGAGCCAGAUGAGCCUCAGUGACUCCAGCAUGCCACCCACCCCAGUCACACCCGUGACCCCCACCACUCCAGCUUUGCCUGCCACUCCUAUCUCUCCUCCACCUGUAUCAUCAGUGAAUAAAAGCGGCCCUACCACUAUGUCAGAACCAGCUAAGUCCAGCUCAGGUGUUCUCCUGGUGUCUUCACCAACUAUGCCACAGCUCGGAACAGUGCUUUCCCCAGCUUCCAACCAGACUCCACCAAAUUCUCAGGCUGCUGCCCGUGUUGUGAGCCAUUCUGGCUCGACUGGACUACCCCAGGUGCGAGUGGUGGCUCAGCCUAGCCUUCCUGCUGUUACUCAGCAGUCAGCGGGGCCAGCACAGACACUGCCACAGAUGCCAACAGGACCGCAAAUCCGUGUUCCCGCCACUGCUGCACAGACCAAAGUCGUUCCCCAGACAGUAAUGGCCACUGUUCCAGUCAAAGCUCAGGCUGCAGCAGCCACUGUGCAGCGGCCUGGACCUGGGCAGACGGGGCUCACAGUGACAAGUCUUCCUGCCACAGCCAGCCCUGCGGGCAAGCCAGCCACAAGUUCACCCGGGAGCUCUGCUCCUAGUGCUUCCACAGCUGCUGUCAUUCAGAAUGUCACAGGACAGAACAUUAUCAAGCAGGUGGCAAUCACUGGGCAGCUUGGUGUGAAGCCCCAGGCAGGCAACAGCAUUCCACUCACAGCCACUAACUUCCGUAUCCAGGGUAAGGAUGUAUUGCGUCUGCCACCCUCUUCCAUCACCACAGAUGCUAAGGGCCAGACAGUUCUGCGAAUCACUCCGGACAUGAUGGCCACUUUGGCUAAAUCCCAGGUUACCACAGUCAAACUGACCCAGGACCUCUUCGGGACAGGAAGCGGCACUGCAGGCAAAGGAAUUUCUGCUACCUUACACGUCACUUCCAAUCCAGUCCAUGCAAGUGACAGCCCCGCCAAGGCUAGUCCAGCCAGUGCCCCUUCAUCCACUCCGACCGGUACCACCGUGGUCAAAGUGACUCCUGAUCUCAAGCCAACAGAAACCUCAAGUUCAGCUUUUCGUUUGAUGCCAGCACUUGGCGUGAGUGUGGCAGACCAGAAGGGGAAAAACACAGUGGCCUCCUCAGAAGCAAAACCAGCUGCCACAAUCCGAAUCGUUCAGGGCCUGGGAGUGAUGCCUCCCAAAGCAGGCCAGACCAUCACAGUUGCAACCCAUGCCAAACAAGGGUCCUCCGUAGCCAGUGGGUCUGGAACUGUCCAUACUUCAGCGGUGUCCUUACCCAGCAUGAAUGCUGCUGUGUCCAAGACUGUGGCUGUGGCUUCUGGGGCUGCAAGCACCCCCAUCAGUAUCGGGACAGGAGCCCCCACUGUGCGGCAGGUCCCUGUCAGCACCACAGUUGUUUCCACGUCCCAGGCUGGGAAGCUGCCUACACGGAUCACAGUUCCGCUGUCUGUGAUUAGCCAGCCUAUGAAGGGCAAAAGUGUGGUCACAGCCCCCAUCAUCAAAGGCAACCUUGGAGCCAACCUCAGUGGGUUGGGCCGUAAUAUCAUCCUCACCACCAUGCCGGCAGGCACUAAGCUCAUUGCUGGCAAUAAACCUGUUAGUUUCCUCACAGCCCAGCAAUUGCAACAGCUUCAGCAGCAAGGUCAGGCCACACAGGUGCGCAUCCAGACUGUCCCCGCAUCUCAUCUUCAACAGGGAACAGCUUCUGGUUCCUCCAAAGCUGUCUCAACUGUUGUUGUGACCACAGCUCCAUCUCCUAAACAGGCACCAGAACAGCAGUGACUCUGAAGGAGAAAAAUGGCUUCCAUAAAAGCCCAGUCUGGGUCUGCCCUUCUGGCUGAAUGGAAGGGAGCAGGGGAGGGUCGCAUCAUUCCCCUAAGCUUGUCUGUUUAAGGAAGGCAGCAGUGGGAUGAUAGCAACAGUGGCUUGGAUUCUGCUGCCACACUCCACAGUGGAGUACGCUGAGCAAGGUUCACUCCAGGGUUCCAAGGUCCCUUCUGUAUUGAUCCAGGAGAAGUUUCUCUGUUAGAAUUGUGUGAGGUCCCAGUCGAGUCACACAAGCCAAAGUUCUCUCCUGCAAGCAAGACCCCAAGGGAAGGCUUAAAGUUGUAGAGUGCACAGUGAUAAGCCUCAUUCUGUAUGUGGACUGUACUCUUUAGCUCCUGGUCUUCUCCGGGACUAGAGGUCUGGAUAGGAGUUUUGUGUCCAGAGAUUUUUAUGUAACUUAUUUUUUUAAAAAACCUGUUGUAUAUCUUUAUCAAAUAUAGAAACCUGGACUAUAGUCCCGUCUCCUGUACCUCCCUAUCCCCACCCCAAACUGAUUACUUAUUCUUUUGACCAGGGUGAGAGAAUAGCACCAUUCUUAGGCAGUUGGUGGCUGACUUGGAAACAUAUUAAUGGAGAGACUCUAAGAUAAGAAAGAAACAUAGGAAGUGAGCUAGUGUGGGUUUUCUGAAACGGGAUUAGUUUGGCACUACCUCCUAAAGAUCGGUUAUCAGGAUCAUGGAUGUGGGCGGUCUCUUUGCCUGCCUUGUCCUGAUCAAGCCGGUUUCACGUGCAGGUCCAGAGCCAAUGGACAGUAUAGGCGAAUGCUUUAUUGCAGUUCAGAGAUAAUAUGUUCUACUUUGCUGCAGAGCAAGACUCAGCAAACCAGAGCCUUUGGGCUGGCUACUUGUUUUUGUAAAUAAAGUUUUAUUGGAACACAAUCCACUUUCACUUGUUUACGUUGUAUCUUUGACUGUUCUCAGAAUGUGGAAUUAAGUAAUUGCCAUGGGGACCGUAUAGCCCCCCACCUUAGACUGAGUUCCAAGCCACUUAAUCCUGCCUAUUGCACCCUUCUCAGCCUCUAUCAAGCUACAUACAUAGCUCAAAACAAUUAUUUUAAGGUGUAAUAAGUAAGCGCUGGUUGACAUAAUGCCUCUUGUAUUGGAGCAGGGGUUAAGUGGUAAGGUGACAGGGCUUCCCAGUCUUUCUUGAAAGUAUCCAGGUUAUUAAAAAAGGUGUGAUUAUUGUGUAGAAAUUUAGUGAUGCUCUUUUAUGGGGCCUGGGUGAGGCAGUGGAGUCGGAGGGUAGAGAAUUAAAAUAGGCGGAGUUAGGUGAUUAGGUAUGCUUCAGAGAAACAGGCUAGAGUGACUUGUUAGUUCCAUGGUGGUUUUAGACAUCUCAUUCUUUAGCAAUUCUAUAAAAUAUGCAUUACCCCUGUUUUAACUGAGAAAAUGCGAGUCUGAGUUGAAGUUAGUAGAGAACCAAGAUGUAAAUCCAGACUUCUAAAGUGCUGUUUCUGCUGCCUUCCUGAGGGGAGGAUGGCUACUGCAUGGCAUGGUGAAAUCUGAGAACAGUCCAGUUGUCAGCCCGCACUGCAAAGAGCAGUGGUGAAUUGACUGAGAUUUUGAUGGGGAGAGGACUGGCACGGAAAUAAGAUUGGUAAUGGUGAGAGGUAGGGACUGUAGGGAAGGAAGAAUAUUUUCUUCUUACUAAAGGAGAGUGCAUCUGUGUUUCAUAGUACUCCAAUACUUGCAUAUAAUUUCUGCAGUUACUUUUCACAUGAAAGUCCACAUGCCAGGUCCUAAAUGAGAAAAAGGUAGAAAUUUGAGGGACCUGUCCCAGGUAUUUACUGCUGAGUAAAACAAACCUGUUGUGAAUUAACAUUUCUUAAAAGUAGCUCUAGCAUUCAACCCUAGCCCCAUACUUUCAUUACUGAAGCCACCUAACUCUGCCUGGCUCCUUUAGGACAUCUACAUCCUAGGAGAACAGGCGUGUGGGACACAGGCAUGUUUCAGGAUACCAGUGUGGGACUGACUCCCUGCUAGUAUGGUUUGGCACUGCCCUCUAGUGGGUGGAGUACUGUAAAAUAACCUCCUACUGGAGUUGUAAAGAGAUGUCACCAACAUUGGUGUCAAAUUUGGAUUCUUGGAUAUAGACUUCAGGGUUCUUGGAGAGAUGUGGUAGCUUUAGAUGUGUUUUGGGGGAAACAAUACCAGAAUCAUUUGUGGCAGCCUCUGAAUCUUGUUUACAGAGUUUGGUAAAAUAUUCAGACCAUGCAUCUAAUACUGGAUUUGGUGAAUAGCAUUAUGAUGAAUUUGUACUUUGAUGCCACAUCUAGCAGUGCUUAUGCCAGGGUUGAUCACUUCCAAGAAGGCAACAAAAUCAGUGAGCGAGGCAUCAAGAUUUUAACAUUUUCUAUCUGAUCAUCACACAUCAAACACUCAUUCAGGAGAAGACACAUUUCCUCAAAGUAUUCUGCCUGCCCAGGCUCCCAAAUCUAAAAUGGAGAUCUUUGCUAUGAAAAUAAUUUGCUAUGAAAAUAAUAUCCAGUGCCUAAGGAAAGAAUGAGUUUUACAUUACUUGCCAAUUCUCCAUACUUGUUGAAUGAGUGAUUGGGUUUGUUCUUAGCAGGCACACCAAAGUGGGUCCUCAAAGGGGUCCCACAGGUUCUUCUCAUAAUUGGUGUUUUCAAGUAGCUCAUUCUUAAUCCCUAAAUUGUGACUUCAACUCUGAAAUACUGGCUAACCACAGGAGGUUACCUUUCACUAAAGUAAAAUGUUUCUUCAAAAGAUGAUGCAGUGCUUCAUGGAAGUCAUCUCUUUAUGCAAAGUAGCAAGAAAUAAACUGGCUUUUGAAUUCUACAGAGGACAGCUUUUACAGCUUGGUAGUGGUGUGACUUUAGGCCAAUCAGCUUUUCUGAAGACCGUAAUGUACUCAUUACAGUGACUGAGAAUCAAAUGAGAUUCAGAGUGAAAAUGCUAUACAAGUGAAUGGUGCUGUUGGGUUCUAAGACCUUUCAAUUUUGUUCUGACCCACUUCUAGCAACUUAAGAACCUAAUAUUUUUAACUCCCCAGGUUCUUUCAUUGUUUUAUUGCCUUAUGCAUACUCUUCUCUAGGCCUUCUCUAUAGGCAGACUCAUUUUUCCUCCCCAUUUGUCUAGUGGUAAUUGUCUCAUGUCACUGCUGGCAUUUCCCAUUAGACUGAAUUCCUUGCUGAUCACAUAUUUCAGUAAUCUUUACAACCAUUUCAGUACUGGUGCAAAGUAGAGGUUUAAUAAAUAUUUGUUGCAGUUAAAAAAAAAAUCCAGUGCCCUAGAGUAGCAUAUCAAGACUUUGUGUUACUAGUUCAGGAUUCAUGAUCUUUGCAGGAUUCUUGUCCUUUACUCUCAGCUAUAUUUAAAUUCAAAGACUUCCAUAACCUGGCAUUGUUCUCUACCUUGUUAUUAGUGUGGUCCAGUGCUGUCACUUAAGCAGCAGUGGUACUGCGUUACUCUGGAAUGGCAUGAUUAAUAAGACAGCAGGCUCAAGGUAAAACUGAAAGCUACUUCAAGCCCCUCCCACCCAGCCUAGUGCAAUUUGCAGUCUAUUGCUACCCAGUACUUCACUGGCCAGGAGAUGUAUAACAAUAUUUAAAAUACCAAAGCUUGUGACUUGUCUUUUAAAAAAUACAUGUUGGAAUGUAUCUCUAAAAUAAAGGCACUGUCAUUCACUCUGAUAAGAAGGUUCCUGCUUUCUGGAGAGAAAAAGGAUUAUCAAAAGUGGUAAGUUCUGCAGGAUUUAUAUCCUGGAUUCAUUCAUGAGGCCACUUCCUGUGCUGAAACUUUCAGGGCCUUUGACUUCUCUUUACACCAAGACACAAAGGCUUCCUUCAUUUUUCUUUAUGGAUACCACCCAAUACAGACCCGUCAAUUAUGUGAGAAGACUCCAAUACAUAGAUCCUUGAAAGCAGCAUUCAUGUGGAGAGAGAUGUGCUGCACCUCUGGUCGCUAUGCUCAGAGGGACAGAUUGUCUGGUUCUGAGAAUGGCUGAUGAUGCCUCUCAUUCCUCAUCUGAGCCAUUCAAGAGGGCUUUCUGGUAAGUGUGUUUUGACGUCAGCUUCUGAAUCCCAAUGAUUUCUCCUUCUCUCUGUCUCUUUAGCCGAGUCAUAAAGCUGUCAUAGAGAAACAAUAAGCAAAUUAACCUCAGGUUCCUCUCUUCCUGCAUCCAAGAA